CAGUAAUUUACGGUGAUCAAUUAUUAUGUUGCAAGUUCGAGGUUUCGUGGCUCAGUUAUUGCGAACGAGUUGUAAUUAUUAUAACCAACAAAAAAACAACUAUGACCGGGUUAACUUGAGCCACUUUAGACAGAUUGAGCCAGAUCAUUGUCUUAACAAAUUGAUUUGACAAUUAAAUUACGUCUCUAGUCCUGUCAAAAUUUUUCGUCAAUCAUCACAUUCCACAAAAUGUCCCGCACUACUGCUUCAAAGAAAAAAACUAUCAAAAAACCCUCAACUGUGAAAGUGAAAAACCAGCAAGUCCGCCCCAGCAGUGGUCUCAACUCGAGGAAACAAAAAUCUUCCAAACCUUCAAAAGGUACGGAUCGCAAAACAGUGGAAACGAAAAGCAAAUUUUCGUCAACACCUGGGAUACAAAACAAUAAAAUGACGAUUAUUAAAAACGAGUACGAGGAAAAACUCAGGCUAAUUCGGGAAAAGCGUCAACAGCUUUUGGAAAGGUACUCGUCGCCGAAAACGAAGGAAAUCUACGUGAACCCUAAUAGAAGAAAGCGGUAUAAAAUACAUGAAAGGUCGGAACCUGUGAGUAGCGCUAAUUCGAAAUUAGAGAAAAUGGUGAAAAAUAUGAUGCCUCCUUCCAAGGCCAGAUCGUCCGCUACCCCAGUCUGUGCAAGUUCUUCUCCUAAACUCCUUCGUAAAUCAUGUUUGAACGCAAGCACAAGUGUGAAAGCGAAAGGAAAAAUAGACCCUGUAAAGGUUUUUGAAAAAGUUACGUCACAGUAUACCAUAGCUGAUGAGAUCUUGUCGCAGGCACAUCGCCUGAUUUGGCUUUGGCUCUUUAAUGGUCUUUUUCCUUCGAGCUUGCGAAAAAAACCUAAUAUUAAACAAGAGAACUGAUGUCUUCUUUUUUUGUGAAUCGAUCUUAUCAGUAAUAAACGAGUUUCACGUAGAGAGAUAAUUAAAAAAAUUACAAAUUAGUCGAUCGGGUCUUCUUAUUAAUCGCUACAAUUUGGUAGUAUUAAUAGAAGCUUUAUCAUUGUGGUUUGAAUGACUUAUCAUUUGUGUGGUACAGUCAAGGACGUGAUGACUGGAAUAAUAAUUGUGUAAUGUGCUGCAAAAAUUACGGAGUGAUUAGGCAAAAGUUGCAAGGAUGACAUUUGGUAAAAUCUGUAUACGGGGAAUUCUCUAAUUAAUUCGUGAUACUGGGACUUCACGCAUCUAUAAUUAAAAUACCCACUCUCACUCUAUUUAUAUCAGCACCACGUUUAAUUUGCCCGCAAAUUACAUUUCCAACAACGACAAAGACCAGAAUUCCUCUCUUGCACCUACUGUUAUACGAAGUUGAUUAAACUUACUUCACCUAUGCUUAUCAGGGUUUUAGGCAUUGUGGGAAAAACCACGGCGGAAUUCUUAUGAACAUACCACAAACUGCAGUUUUAGUUUUUUACCGAAUCAUGCUUUGAUAGAGAACUUGUUAUUUAGCUACUAAAACACAACAAAUUCACAGGAAAAGAUAAAGUUGUGGUGUGGUUUGACCCCGAGUUAAGUACACACGUACGUCUCGUACAGGUGAAAGUGACUGCCCGCCAAUUUUAAACAUUGGCUAAUGUCACUGUUUUAUUAUUUUCUGCCUAUUGGUGGCGCUGACAACAAUUCAUAUCAAAGUGACUUAUUCUCAAAACAUUAUUGUACAUAUUUAUUUAAAUUUUAUUGCUCUGUUGGUACAUUCCUGUGUCAGGGACGUACUUUUAAAAUUUCACUGUGCCAUCAAGCAUUUAAAACCUGUAUUUCAGUGUAAAAAUAUAUGUGUAUGAGAGUGAUAUAUAAUUUUUCGUAGUUUCAUAAUCUCUGGCCAGAGUUUCUAAUGAGUCUUAAUUUACUUGACUGUAAUUAUGUAUUUAUUUUAGAGGAACUUUCUGGAAAUGAAAAUGAAGUGUUCCAUAAUUUGACAUAGUUUUGAGCAGUUUUCUUUGAGAUUGGAUUUACAUUCCGAAAACUGAACUGUUAUUUAUUUAUUAUGGAGUCCGAAAGAACUGA